UCCAAAGAUUUGCUUGGAGUGGGUGUCUUGCCUUAUUAGCUCAAGUUGGGCUUAAGAAGAGGUGGGGGGAAAAAGUUCUGGGAAGUAAACGAGGAAGAGGCCAAAGGCUGUGUAGUCCACCUAACAAUUCUGAGCUUCUCAUCUUGUCUGGUCUAUGAUAAAGGCCCACUGGACACAGGACAGCUAACAGGUGUUCAAGGGAGGUGUUGGAUCUGACAAGAAUUCGUUAAUCAACAAAUGGCUUUGUCAGGUUGUCCAGAUGCUUUCCUGCAUUCCUACUACCAGGAAUCUGAUGUCCAUAAGCACAGUAUACAGUCAGCAGAAGAUUCAGUUGCUGUGGAAUUGUUCGCUAAAGCCACAAAUGAAAACUCCUCAUUGACAAAUCAUGAACAUUUUCUUCUAUCAAAGAAAAAGGACAGUGUAGAGAAAACCUCAACUUGCUCCCAAAGAGGCCUAGUGGAAACAGGAAUCAUUUCUAAACGAAUUUCCUUAAAUCCAGAUGAUGAUGUUGACCUAGAAGCACUAGUAAAUGACAUGAACUCCUCAUUAGAGAACUUGUACUCCACGUGCAGCAGUGUGGGUGAAUCGGUACCACUUCUUAAAAAUGGUCAGCUUAAUCGAAGCCAGUUUCCAAACUCAGGAACCAACACUCUUCCGUCCAUGCCUCAGAGACAGAAGGUGCAACGCUCCCAACCAGUGCACAUUCAAGCAGUCAGACGUCUUCAAGAGGAACAGCUUCGCACAUCAUCUUUGCCAGCAAUCCCAAACCCAUUUCCAGAGCUUUGCACUCCAUCAAGCUCACCAGUCCUUGCGUCAGGAUCUUUACCUCAAAACCAACCUUCUGUCAAGAAGAGUGUUGUAAAGAUCUUUAGUGAAGAUGGAACAAGCAAACUGGUGGAGGUUCUAGCAGACAUGACAGCCAGGGACUUCUGCCAGCUACUGGUUUACAAAAGUCAUUGCGUGGAUGAUAACAGUUGGACGCUAGUGGAGCAUCACCCGCAUCUAGGAUUAGAGAGGUGCAUAGAAGACCAUGAAAUUGUUGUACAAGUUCAGACAUUGAUGUCAAGUGAAAGCAAAUUUCUGUUUAGAAAGAAUUAUGCAAAAUAUGAAUUUUUUAAGAAUCCUGUGAAUUUUUUCCCUGAGCAGAUGGUUGCUUGGUGUCAACAAUCAAAUAGCAGCAUUCCCCAGUCACAGUUAUUGCAGAAUUUCUUGAUUGCCAACAGUUGUCCUGAAAUCCAAGGCUUUUUGCAUGUCAAAGAACUUGGAAAGAAAUCUUGGAAGAAGUUGUUUGUGUGUCUGCGAAGAUCAGGCCUAUACUGCUCAACAAAAGGAACAUCAAAGGAACCAAGACACUUACAGGGAAUAUCUGACAUAGAAGAUAGCAAUAUUUAUUCUCUGAUAACCUGUAAGAAGCUAUAUAAUUCACCAACAGAUUUUGGAUUCUGUGUCAAGCCAUGCAGGGUAAAAAAUGAGGUAAAGGACCUGCGUCUUCUUUGCGCAGAAGAUGAGCAAAGCAGGACAUGUUGGAUGACCGCAUUUAGGCUUUUGAAGUAUGGCAUGCUGCUUUAUCAGAACUAUAGAAUUCCUCAGAAAAAAAGCUUCCAUACAAACUUCUCUGCAGUGAGGAGUGUGUCAGAAAAUUCUUUAGUAGCAAUGGAUUUCUCUGGACAGACUGGAAGGAUAAUUGAAAACCCAGUAGAAGCACAAAGUGCUGCUGUUGAAGAAGGACAUGCUUGGAGGAAACGUAGCUCACGCAUGAAUGUCCUUGGAAACCAAAGUCCUCUUCAUCCUUCUACGCUCAGUACAGUAAUUCAUAGGACACAGCACUGGUUUCAUGGUAGAAUCUCUAGAGACGAGUCGCAAACUAUCAUAAAACAACAAGGACUUGUGGAUGGGCUAUUCCUUCUUCGAGAUAGCCAAAGCAAUCCAAAAGCAUUUGUGCUUACAUUGUGUCAUCACCAGAAAAUAAAGCACUUCCAGAUCCUACCGUGUGAAGACGAUGGGCAAUUGUUCUUUAGCCUUGAUGAUGGGAAUACCAAAUUCACAGAUUUGAUUCAACUUGUUGAGUUUUAUCAGCUGAACAAAGGAAUUCUGCCUUGCAAGCUCAAACACCAUUGCAUCAGAGUGGCCUUAUGACCAUGUACAAGACUGGUUUAUGAUGGAAACAUUGACAAUGGGUGUACUUGGUUUUAAUGUGAGGGGGAAAUCGUGUGUUCAUACAUGCACCUUGUGACUCUGGGUUAAUCAACUGGCUGGUUUUAGAAUUGACCUGGGAAAGAAAUGCCAUAUAUUGGCAUCCUCCAAUUAAAUGUGAUUGUAUGCAAAUUGAUAAAACAUGCAAAUUGCCUGAAAUCUUUUUAGACUGUGCUGUUCACCAGAAACCAGCAUUGAAUUAUAAUCCUGGGAUAUGUUUCGAUAGUUAUGGGGGGUUGUAUAAAGACUGGAGUAAUCUUGACAAUUGAGACUGGUUUGUUUACUUUUUUUAUUUUUAAUGAAAUACAUUUUGCACUCAUGUUUUUUUUUUUUUUUUUCUUUUUCAUUUUUAAAUAUAGAUUACAACCUUUUAAA